AUGAGAGAACCGGAGACGCCCUCGAGCGAAGGAACGGACUCACUAUCAGAUCUACGACCACGACCCUUGAACUUCUCGCGACCACGACCGGUGACGGCCAAUUCGAAAGAGAGACUUCUGCAUGAUCGCACAGGGAGCUCGCAGACUGUCCGAGGGAUCAAUGCCUUCCAUGAUCCGAUAAAGGAUAAUCUGCCCGAAGAACCACGCUUUUCUAUAGACUCAGAUCGAGCCGACUCGACCAGGUCAUCAGAGAACUCGGUGGCAUCAGAAUUCGCAUGGGACGAUGAGCUAGGCGGGCUUCGCUCGAAGCGGAGACCGAAAGAAUACGAGCAGAACCAGCGGUAUGCGCAAAGUUCCUCGCGGAGUCGCUCAAAUGCGAGCGGGAGUCAAACAAGCACCGACGACACAACGCCCGGUUCAGAUAAGCCUCUCUUACCAUCAGAGCUCCCAGGCUCACUACCUCCACCACGAGCCCCAGCACCUUUACGCACCAACAAACCACCGCCUGCGCCCCGAAUACAAACCCGACUACCCUUGCAACCCCAACAAAAACAACAACCACCAUCCCAAACCCGGCUCCCGGCGAUCCUGAAACGCACCUCCGUCGAACAAGCCAGCGAACGCGCCUCUCUCUCCUCCCGCGACAGCGUCGCGGGCCCACCCGGCGCAAACGGCGCACAAGGAUGGGAGGACACGGCGAGCCACCACACCAUGUCCAUCCUCAACGGCUCCGAGGGAUCCGGUGGAGGAGGUAGUAUGACCAGCAGCGAUGGUAUCAGCGGACUCAAAGAAGAAGGUAAAUGGUCCAGUUCCUCCUACGAUGUCAGUGGACUGAGCCCCGCAGAAAUCCGAAAGUUGCAGAAGAAGGGGAUUAAUCCCGCGUUGUAUGCGGAGAUGAAGGCGGCGAGGAAGGGGAAGGGGAAGUGGGUUGGUCCGUUGGUGGGGAAUACUUUUAUUGGAUAUGCUGGAAUGCCAGACGAGCGAAGACGACAUGCUUUGUUGACCAAAUCAGGGAUACCGCUGUAG